UUUGCCUCCUAGGUUUCGCACAAAAGAUCAAUUACAACCAAGACUGUUGCUUUGAAAUGCCGGCAUCCAAUUUCAGCAGCUUAGUUAAAAAAACACCAUAAACUUGAUAUGUUGGCUAAAUUUACCUCCUCAUAUGAGUUGGUAGAAAACGACUAGAGCAUUAUAUACAAAUCAAAGCUGAAGUGGCAGGAAUUUUUUUGAAGAAUUUGAAGCUGAGAGGUAAAAGGAGUCAAAAUAACAAAUUCAGGUUGUUAUUUUUUUGCCGCACAUAUGAUCUCAACUGAUCUUUUGUGCUAAGUUCAGAGGGGAAAUAAACUUUAAUUAGUUAUUUGCAAGAAUCUAACUUUCUAUAUCAUUGUAAGAUCUCAAUUAAGUUGGAUAUUUUACAAUGAAUUUUGAAAACGAAUUAUUAAUAAAUCCAAGAAUAUAAAACAAAAUAUAUUCAUCAAUGGAAUAUGUGCUUGACAUAAGUUCUAAGUACUUUCUUGAGUUGAUGUAUUUAUAAAUCCCAAAAUAAAAUAAAAUAACUAAAAAAUGUGCAAGUAUAUGAAGAACAUAGACUUGGCCCUAAUUAAUUUCAAUCCUAAACGAAAAAAGCUAAAACUUAUGACACAACCUAGGGAGGGAACUACCAUAACAAUGCUCCUUCAUUGAAGUUUUUCUUUUAUGUGCCAUUGGAUUUGCAGAAAGCAGGUUUUGUCCUUAAAUGUCAGAUUGAUUUUAUUUGAUAAUUUGUUGAAUUUAUCUUUCAUAUCUUGGGAGCAAAUUUACUUUUCCUCGCAGUAUAAAAAUGAAGGAUUACGCCAAUUAUCUCUUCCCCGCAACACUUCAAUGGACAAGAUCGACAGUCCAGGUAAAAGCUCUAGCACACCUGAGGUGGAAAUUAUAGUGAACCAAGAUUUACCACCCUCGGCUAAAAUGACACCGUCAAAUGAGCUGGUCGAAGCCAUGCAAAACCAAGAAGAAAACCCUAGUAGAAUAAUGAAGAAGAGCAUAUUCGAGGCAUGGGCAGCUAAAACAUUUGGAAUGAUGCCAUUCACAUUCAUCACCAAUCUCUUCGCAGCUUUAGUGGGCGUCAACGGCGGCAUUAAUCUGAGUUCGUCGACGUGCAAAGUGUUCUUCGUGUUGCUGAUGAUCAAUUUUUAUGCUUCAGUAGUUGGAAUUCUGCUAUGGCAUGUGUUUCCUAGGGUUGCAAAAGGGUUUCACUUGAUGGCAUUUUUGUGUGCUAUGCUUUCACUCACUAUACUCUUCUGUACUGUGGUACCAACUGAACUUAAGAGUAUGCCUUGGGUUUUUAUGACCAUUGUGAUGCUUUUGGUCACUGGAUUACUAGUCUAUGAGCUCUCUUCACUCUCCAAGAAAUCAUACUAAAAGUAAGAUGACCGUGAGGCGCAACUAAAGAAUAUGAUGCACGGUUACUCAAACAAUUUUUUGGCGCUAAAUCGAGGUGUUCAGAAAGAAUAGAUUACUCAAUUAUCCUUUUCUAUUAAUUAUUAUACUUUUUCUAGCAUUCUUUCUUCGUUUUAA